UCACAAGCAUCUUGAGCUCAACCGUAGGUUUGCUGUGGAACAAGGCUCGUGAUUCCACUGCUGCUAUACUUCUAGGCGGCGAAGUUCCAGAUGAAAACAUUCGAGAGAUUGUCGUGAGCGAGUUAAACGACAUCAAGACGAAGCUUCAUGCUCUCUUGCGCAACAAAGACCUGCUUAGCAGCUACAAGUUCCUACAAGAAGGAGUAGAUUUACUCAAUGUUUCGCUGAAUAAAUUGAAGCUCGGACAGUCUGAGAUCUUAAACGAAGCCUUAGAGCUUUCUCACGCCAUGGGAAAAUUGAAAAUCAAUUCGGAUAAAGAGUUUGAAUCCGCUAAAGAACGAUUCAAAGACGCCCGUAAGACAGCGACCCAUGCUUUUUGUAAUGAGGCACUAAGCAUUAAAGAUAGGAUUUUCGCUGCGAAGCUACGAAUAGUUUCCGAAAUACUGGAAUAUCUCGAAAGCCCUGAAACCGCGAUUACAGGAUGUCUAUCGUUUCUGAAAAAGUUACAUAGCUUACCUGCCAUUGAAGACACAUUCUCGGUGUACCUCAAUGGGGGGCUGAAGUCGUUACUGAAUAAAAGCGAGCGAGUCGAGAACGUACGGUCGGCAAUGCUGGUUAACGGUGUCUUAUUUCAGUAUGUUUCGAAAUUCAGCAGUGAGUUCUUCACCAUGCUCGCCUGGCCAACAAUUGAGCUUGUUGAUCGCAGUUUUAACCCAAUAUUAGAUUGGCAGGAAAUUUCGACAAGAAAAUCUAUUGGUGAUGAACUGACCCAACUUCCCAACGGACUGAUACUUAAUGAAGAAAUGGAUCCUAGAAAUUCUGCUCUAAACAGCCGUGGGGAUGUUAUUGUUGGAGAAGAACCUGACAACAUCAAGAUUAUAAAUAAGACGGGCGAAAGCAAGGUGGUUGAAUUACAUGAAGCCAGUCAAGUUAAAGUUAUCGUGGAAAAUAUUGCAGGACUUGCUGUUGAUAAGAAUAACAAUGUUUACGUGGUGAGAUGGAUUCGAACAAGUACGGGAAAUGGCAGUGUGCUGAGUUACGUGUUGACUGUACUGGACGAGAACUACAAUGUGAAGCAGGACUCGCGCAGAUUGGAAUUUCUGGAGGUAUCAAAUUAUUAUGUGAAGAUCGCUAUAAACAAGAAUAAUAAUAUCAUCAUGAUCAAAGGCGGUGAUCCCCAGGUAUAUGUCUGUGAUAAUACUGGAAAAUUAAAGCACAAGUUUGAAUUGCGAGGCUCACGUUAUGCACUCAGUUUGAGUAUUUGUGGGCAGGGUGAAAUCAUGAUAUCAUCAGGCGAAGACCAGGCUGUGCAUAUAUACUCGGGAGAAGGAAAUUUGAAGUCAACAAUAAAACUACCAGAAGGUCACGGGGUCCGUGAGUUGGCAUUUCAUUAUGGCAUUUGUAAAAUAAUUGUCUUAACCUAUGUCGAGAAAAACAAUUCCAAUUUCCUUCUGUGCUACACUGAAGCAGGUGAACUGGAGACCACAACGUUCUUUUGCAAGAGAAUUAGCGGUGAAUAUUGCCCCCGAAUUAAGUCUCAUCCAAGUGGUCCUGUUGCUAUUGUAAGGGGGAAAAGCACCAUUUUCAGUUAAAGGAUUAACUUUCCAUAUAUUUGUUGCGUAGCGAGCGAGCCUGAAGCAAAUGAGCGAAGCAGCAUUCUAAUAUGUGCAGAGGGGAUUUUGAAUUAAAUUUUAUUUAGCGCAUUGCAUUGUGGUCGUGCGCGCUUACUAUGCGCAGAGCACAAAAUAUAAGCGACGUGCCACAGGGGGCUCAACUAUACUAUCAGUAUACUACAAGUGUAAAAUAAUCAAAACAUUAAACUUACUUUGAAAGAUUUGCAUCAAUUCUUCCCAAAAAUGUCAACAGAGAAAGAGCAAAAAAUAUUAUCUAUAUGAAGUACUAUACAAUCCUCAACAGAUAAGUAAUGCGGGCGCGUAUGAGGUAAUAGUAUCUUUAAUAAUUGAUAAAUUAAUAAUAGAAGGGAUGAAACACCGGUCAUCUGAUCGUUCGAUGUUUACCAAGAGAAGUCUAUCCAAUCGGAGAUUUCCGAUUGCAAUUCAGAAAUGCUCUCAAAGCUAUUUUUGAUUUCAUAGAGCAAUUUCGGAUUAUUUACAUUUUUAAAAACUUAAAACUUAAUAUUGAAACUGUUAUUAAUUAUGCUAUUACCUCAUACGCGCCCACAUUACAUACCUUGUAUCAAUUGCUUCAGUAAUUAUAAUACGGCUUUCAAUUCUGAUUGUUCACUUGUAUUUUCUCUAGCGACGCAUAGCAACCUCGUCAGACGUAGAAGUUCAAUAUAUUUCAUAAGUAAAAUCUCUUUUUAAGUCAAAUUUGAGUCCUUUAUUGCUGAUAGGCAACGCAACAAUUACAGUAAAAUGCCUUUUAUAAGGCAAUAAAAAAACUGUUUUAAAAAUACAAAUCUCAAAUAAGAAAGUUUUAGCACUCUAUAACGCGAGGUUAGAUUUAAUCUAGUUGGACUGGAUCGUUUCUCAUGUGAAUAGACAAUGACUUUUUCUCUCAUGUAUGAAUAAACAAGGAUCUUUUUACGUUCUCGUCGGCUAAGUCUGGUUCAUGUGAUCAGCCCCUUAGCUGGGUGGGGCUCAUUUCUCAUAUGAAUAAACAAUGAUCUUUUUAAGCUCUCAAUCGGGUGAGACUGGUUCAUGUGAUCAGCCCCUUAGCUGGGUAGGGCUCAUUUCUCAUAUGAAUAAACAAUGAUCUUUUUAAGCUCUCAUCGGGUAAGUCUGGUUCAUGUGAUCAGCCCCUUAGCUGGGUAGGGCUCAUUUCUCACAUGAAUAAACAAUGAUCUUUUUAAGCUCUCAUCGGGUGAGACUAGUUCAUGUGAUCAGCCCCUUAGCUGGGUGGGGCUCAUUUCUCAUAUGAAUAAACAAUGAUCUUUUUAAGCUCUCAUCGGGUGAGUCUGGUUCAUGUGAUCAGCCCCUUAGCUGGGUAGGGCUCAUUUCUCAUAUGAAUAGACAAUGAUUUUUCAAUGCAAUAUUGUGACCAGGCUCUUUUAUCAUCUCAUGCACUUACAGGUGAAUUUUAUAACUCAGGCUCAUGUGAUCAGCCUCUAAUUAGCUGGGUUGGGUUAGUGUCUCGUAAUAAAUAUAAUAAUAUUUAAUCAACAUAAAUAACAGAGUCGGUAUAUAUAGAUACAUGUAUAAAAACCACAAGAAUACAUUAGGAACAAUUAAACCAAUCGUGGUAGACAACUUUAAAUGAGUUUCAAAAAUUGUUAAGACCAUCUUAAACUAUAUUUUGCAACAAAAGCGUUAUAAUUGCUUAUAGUCGUGUAUAUAGCCAUUACUAAGUGAAAAUAUCUGGAUGAUUAAAUAUGAUUGAAGGAUAUGAAUAAUUCAAAUUCAAAUUCAAUGCAAAUUUUCAAAAAUAUGACAUGUGCAGCAAUACACGUACAGUAUUUAAAACAGUUAACUUUUUAUAUCUCAGAUGAAAGAAAUGUAACCAGACGGUAUACGAGACAAAGUAUAAUCUUAUGUUUCAAAAUAAAAGAAAUGUUUGGUUAUCCAAACCUAUAUUUUAAGCAAAGAAACUUCGAUAUUGUAAACCGGCUAAACAGCCUUGAAAUCCCGCCUUCUUAAUACAUCACGACGUCAUACUCUUUCAUAGCAAUGGUAGUUCGAGUGUCAAGUGACAGGAAGAAGAUGCCACAGAUAUUCCAUCAUACACGCUAUAUAGCCAUAAUAUACUUUAUGGAAAUUUCACAGUAGGUUGAAUUAUAUUUCGUGAGCGAUUGUGCUUGGGCAUAUUGUUUAUUUAGAGUAAGUUUAGUAGUAUAGCAGUUCAGUAUGGCAUCAAUUGUCACAAAUAUUCUAUGUUCAACAGUGGGUCUACUCGUGAAUAAAGCUCGCGACUCGACUGCGGCUAAACUGAAGGAAGGCGAUGUAACGGAUGCAAAAAUUCGCGAGCUCGUCGUAAGAGAGUUGACCGACGUCAAGACGAAACUCGAUGGUCUUUCACGCAAAGAUCUGCUCAGCAGCUACGAUUUCCUACAAGAAGGAGUAGAUUUACUAAAUGUUUCGCUUGAAAAAUCGAAGCUCGAGCAGAAAGCUUUGGCAAGUGGAGCUCAAGAUGGUCGAGUUGCAACAAAUCCGACUGGCGUUCAGUCUGGCAUCUUAAGCGAAGCUUUGGAACUUUCGCAAGCCAUGGGAGAACUAAAAAUCAAGGCGGAUAAGGAGUUUGAAUCAGCUCUAGAACGAUUCAAAGAAGCCCGCAAGGCUGCGACCCAUGCUUUUCGUAUUGAGUCUCUACGUAUUGAUGAUAGAAUGCUAGCCGCGAAGAUACGGGUAGUUUCCGAGAUACUCGAAUGCCUCGCAACUCCUGAAACCGCAAUUCCGGGGUAUUUGUCGUCUUUGAAAAAACUGCACGCCUUACCUGCGGUUCAGGAGAUGUUCAACGUGUAUCUAAACAAAGGAGUCAAAUCGAUGUUGAAUAAAGCCCAAAGAGUAGAAAACGUCAAGUCGGUAAUGAUGAUCAAUUACGUUGUGUUCAAGUAUGUCUUGAAAUUCAGCGUUAAGUAUUCUUCCGCAUACGCUUGGGCAACAAUUGAACUUGCUGCUCGUAGUUUUAACCCAAUAUUGCAUUGGCAGGAGGUUUCGACAAGAACGUCUAUGGGUGAUGAACUGACUCAACUUCCCAACAUACUGAUGCUUAAUGAAGGAAUAGAUCCUUAUUGUUCUGCUGUGAACGGCCAUGGGGAUGUUAUUGUUGGAGAAUACCCUGACAAGAUUAAAAUCGUAAAGAAAGGUGAAAGCAAGGUGGUUAAAUUACCAGAACUCGGUGACUGCACAGUUAUCGAUCAGCGUAUAAAAGGAGUUGCUGUUGAUGAGAAUAACAAUGUUUACGUAGUGAGACUGAGGCUUGAAUCACUUACGGAAAAUAGCUAUCUGGAAAGUUACGUGUUGGAUGUACUGGACGAGAACUACAAUGUGAAACAGGACUCGCGCAGAUUGGAAUUUCUGGAGGCGACAGGAUGUAAUAUCAGGAUCGCUAUAAACAGGAACAAUGAUGUCGUCAUGAUCAAAGGUAACGAUCCCCAGGGGUAUAUAUUUCACUAUACUGGAGAAUUAAAACACAAGUUUGAACGAGACUCGCGUUAUGCACACAGCUUGGGUAUUUGUGGGCAGGAUGAAAUCAUGAUACCAUCAGACGAUGAACGGGCUGUGGAGAUAUACUCCGAGGAAGGAAAUCGAAAGUCGCCAAUAAAACUACCAGAAGGUCACAAGGUCUGUAGGUUGGCAUUUCAUUAUGUCAUUUGCAAAAUAAUUGUCUUAACCUAUGUCGAGAAAAAGAAAUCCUUUUUCCUUCUGUGCUACACUGAAGCAGGUGAACUGGAGACCGUUACGUUCUUUGGUAAGAAAAUUGACAGUGAAUUUGAAAGCCCCAAAAUGAAGUCUCAUCCAAGUGGUCCUGUCGCUGUUGUAAGGGAAAAAAGUAUCACUUUCUUAUGAAGGAACUUCCCAUAUGUACAGUAUAUGAAAUAAAUUUCUAUAAAAGCCUGCCUGGCAAACUUAAAUAAUAAUCUCAAAUAGCAUUUAUAUAGUAUAGCAUUUAUAAUAUAGCAUUUGUAAAUUUUGAACGCUGAUUGACUAAGAGCCAUGAGUAUAGCCAUAUUGGCAUAACUCAAUGUCAACACGGAAAAUUUCUUUUUUAUAUUUCUUUGUGCUAUAUAAAAAAAUUAUAAUAUAGCAUUUGUAAAUUCUGAACGCUGAUUGGUCAAGGGUCGUGUUGACAUAACUCAAUGUCAACACAAAAAAAUUCUUUCUUUAUAUUUCUUUGUGCUAUAUUAUAAAAAAAUAUAAAACAUUUUUCCGCAUCGAUAUAAAGAUUAAAGUUACAUCAGCACUAGUGGAAAUUGGGAAAACUCGAAAUUGUGUGAAAACACGCAAUUUCUCGUUUUCCCAAUUUCCAUUCGUGUUAGUGGCGGGAAUUUUGUUGCUGGUAUCACUCUACCUUUAACGGGCUUGAACAUAAAUAAACUUUAAAAGUUAAAACUGAUGCAUAUCGUAGCUAUAGUUUUAAUAUCUCAUCUACAAUGCUAAUAGAGGUGAAAUAUAAUUAUACAUGAUUCAUAAAAUAGAAAAAGUGAAUUUAAAAUGUUUUGUUUUUUGUAUGGAUGCAAAACUUUCAAUAACCCUUAAAGUUUUUCUUCAUGAGGGCUGUGGGAGCCGGGGUGACCCGGUUAUGGGAGUCGGGUUUCAUAGGAGCCGGGAUGAUAAAUCGAUUCGUUUAGGGAGUAUGGAAAUAUGCAAAUUUAAAAGAUCCGUGUUGUACAAGUGAACGCGUGCCGCGGAGACGAACUCAGAAGACAUUAACAAAAUAAUAACAUAGUCGAGUUAUUUUUCUGUGUUCAGUGGUGUUGUGCACUCAGGUGAAUAAUAUGAUGCUUGUGAUGUUACUCUGAGUGUAUAUCCACACCGGGCGAGCUUCCCACCGUGGCCGGGCAUAUUUUUCAAGCUCGCCCGGUGUGGAUAUACACUCAGAGUAACAUCACAAGCAUCAUAACAUAGUCGAGGUUACAAUUUACGCAAUCUGGUAACGGAUUUAAAACUACCAAAAUCAAAAACGAAUUUCCUCAGGCGAAGCUUUAGAUAUCAGAUUUAUAUUUAGUGAGUCGAUGUUGUGGAACAAUAGAUAGAAACUUUUAUUUAAAUAGGGUAAUGAAACAAAACAACAUUCCGAGUCUCAGGUCACCCGAGUGUCGUUUUGUUUUCUGACAAACUUCUCUGUUUCAGAAUCAGAUACCAAACAAUUUUUCCUCAAAACUAUUUAUUUCUUUUCUACGACAGUCUCAGAUUAUUCAACACUGGGGGUACCCUGUGGAAGAAUAUGACGUCACAACAUCGGACGGUUACAUCCUCACGGUUCAAAGAAUCCCACGCGGUCGAUACGAUAACGAGACUGGGACCAAGAGACCUGUGGUUUUUCUGCAGCACGGCCUUCUCGGAUCGUCCAGUCAGUGGAUCACAAAUCUACCAAAUCAGAGCCUCGGUUUUGUGUUGGCGGAUCGUGGUUUUGAUGUCUGGCUCGGGAACUCGCGUGGGAACGCGUACGCGUUGAAACACGAACGCAUGUCAACGGAUUCUGACAAAUUCUGGGAUUUCAGGUAACGGAAUAAAACAAUCCGUUGUAAUCUCACAGCUCACAAUUGGACUAACAUUGACACUUUUGUAUAGUUUGUAUAUUAAGCAAUUUCCGCACACAAUACAAAAUAAAUUAUACAAAAUUUGCAAACUUUGCAAGGCUACAUUUUCCGCAUUUUACAACAUUUCGCAACCAUGCAAACUUUGCAAUUUUACUAAUUUUAGUAUGCUCUUUCUAGCUGUGGUGAUGUAUUUGCAUCUCCUUGCGUAGUUUUAAAAUUAGUCUAUAAUGGGAAUUGUCUUUUGUCUAUUGUCACGGUUAAUAUAAAAUCUUUACCAUUUUUUAGUUUUGAUGAAUUUGCAAAAUACGAUCUCCCUGCAUCGCUUGAGUUCGCCAUGGCUUGCUCAAAGCAAAGACAUAUUUCAUACAUUGGUCAUUCUCAAGGCACGACCAUCGGUUUCGCCGCUUUCUCUCAAAAUCAAACUCUGGCUGCGAAAGUCGAUCUGUUCAUCGCCCUCGCUCCGGUAGCCACGGUGGGAAAUAUGAUAAGUCCUAUCAAAUAUCUCUCUUACUUUAGCGGUGGAAUACAGGUAAGUUGUACGGUAUGCCUGAUCUCAAAAACCCACUGAUAUGCUGGAUUGUAAAAAAAACUGACCUUAAAAUAAACCAGAUAGUUUAACCUACUGAUCUCAAAAUAGACAAGAUAACUGCAACCCAAUGAUUUGAAAAAAAAAACACCAACGAAAAGUGCAACCCGCUUAUCUCAGAUAUAUACUGAAUUGUGUAAACCACAGAUCUCAAAAUAAACUGGACUGUGUAACCAUUAUUGAUGGGUUAUAAUAGUUUUGUUUGUCGAAACACCACGUAAAUUUAUUACUGCAAAGCUUUCGAUCCGUAAGCCCGGAUCUUCAUCAAUGCUAAUAAUAUGUAAUACAUAUAAUAUGUAAUACAUAUAAUACAUAAUUACAUAUUAUUAGUGUUACAAUAAUUAGCUCAUUACGUAUCAAAUAUCACUUGUAUUAAGUUUUAGUAAAGACAUAUCAAAAACUACUGUCUGUGAUUUCAUCCGAUAAAUAAAGACUAUUGAAACAUGGUGGCAGCGUAAGGCCCACGCUUACAAGAAUAUUAAGAAGACAAGAAGACCCAGCCAGCGUCAAACAAAGCAUGGACGAGAAUUCAGAUGCGCCACAAGCAAGCGCAACCGCACCGAUUAUUCAAGGAAUAACACCGCCAAAAGCAUUCGACAUCACUCAUGGUAAUAUAGCAGAGAACUGGAAAAAUUACAAACAGGUAUGGCAGAACUACGCUAUUAUUACAAAUCUAAAAGCCCAGACAGAGCAAUACCGCGUAGCACUGUUUUUACAUUGCAUUGGCCCCGAAGCAUUGAAAGUCUAUAAUGGGAUGCAAUUUGCCGACGAGACAGAGCGCAAUACUCUGGCCAGCAUACAUAAAAAAUUUGACGAAUUUACUAUCGGGGAGGUAAACGAAACGUAUGGACGAUACAUAUUCAAUGGUAGAAACCAAGGCCAAGAUGAAUCGAUAGAGGCUUAUAUAGCCGCGCUAAGAACCCUAGCGAAAACGUGUGGUUUUUGUGAGUGUUUAGCUGACAGUCUACUCAGAGAUAGGAUCGUCUUAGGAAUACACAAUAACAGUUUGCGCAAACGACUCUUGCAAGAGCGAAAUCUAGAUCUCAAGAAGUGUAUUGAUUUGUGUCGUAGUAGCGAAGCCGCAGCAUCGCAUCUUAAGAACAUUUCUGGUAGCAAUAACACUAUACAUGAUGUUAAUAAAGUUCAUGAACAUGCUGGACGUAAUUUGAAACCUGUUAGACAACAAAACUAUGAUCGGAAUGCCAGGAAUGACGGAAACAAAAAGCAAGCAAUUACAGCGAUAGAUUGUAAAUUUUGUGGCCGAAAUCACCCCAGAAAAAAGGAACUUUGUCCCGCCUGGCAAAAGCGUUGCCAAAAGUGCAAUGGUCGCAAUCAUUUCGCAGCCGUCUGCGGUAAAACAAUUUCGCGCGGAGGUGUGAACUACGUAUCCGAGCAACGCGAUGACAGCAGCGAUGACAGCAGCGAGUAUGAGUUUCUUGCGGGUAUCACUGAAGAGCCGGUUAUCAAUGCAGUAAAACAAACGUCUGGUUUCGCCAAAGAAGUUUACACUGAGAUGAAAAUCAAUGACAAAAAGAUAAAUUUCCAAAUUGACUGCGGCGCAUCAAUUAAUGUUAUUACGGAGUGUUACGCAACAGGGAGCAACAUUAUACCAUCCAAUAAAACUUUGAAAAUGUGGAAUGACUCGGAACUAAAACCCCUCGGAACAACACGCUUGAUAGUCAGAAACCCCAAAACCAAGAAAAAGUACUCGAUUGAAUUUGUUGUUGUUCCAGACACCCUGACACCACUGAUAGGUGCACGUACCGCGCAACAAAUGGGACUAAUCACUGUGCAUGAAGAUAAAUUUGUUUCAGUUCCACCACCUGAGAGAGAGAGAAAGCCCAAGAUCACGAAAAUCGGAACAACAGAACAGCUAAUAACCCACCAUGCAGAUGUGUUUUCAAAAGAACUCGGAACGCUUCCCGGCACGGUCCAUCUACAGGUUGACGAGAACGCUGAACCGAUCAUUACGCCAGCGCGACGAGUCCCCACCGCCCUGAAGGAGAAAUACAAAGAGGAGCUAGACCGCCUAGAGAAAUUGGGAGUACUCGCCACAGUAGAUGAGCCAACACCAUGGGUGAGCAGUGUGGUCAUCGCAACGAAGAAGUCUGGUGCACUUAGAAUAUGCAUAGACCCCCGACCACUGAACAAAGCGUUGAAGAGAGAAACCUACCACCUACCCGUGCUCGACGACCUGAUGCCAGACCUGGCCCGAGCCAAAGUAUUCUCAUCAGUAGAUUUGACCGCCGGAUAUUGGCACUGCGUACUUGAUGAAGAGUCCAGUCUACUCACGACAUUCGCAACUCCAUUCGGAAGAUACAGGUGGAAGAGACUACCUUUUGGUUUGUCAGCUUCAAGCGAAAUAUUCCAGAAGCGCGUAAACCAAGCCCUGGAGGGAUUGAACGGAAUCCUCAACAUAACCGAUGAUAUCUUAGUAUACGGAGUAGGCGAUACCGACAAAGAAGCCCAACAGGAUCACGAUCGCAACCUAGAAGCUCUAUUACAGAGAUGCCGAGAACGAGGAAUCGCGCUCAAUCAGAACAAGUUAAAGCUGCGCAUCACCGAGGUGCCAUUCAUGGGUCACAUAUUCAGCAACCAAGGCUUGAAGAUCGACCCAGAGAAAACGAAAGCCGUCCUAGAAAUGCCAAAACCCGAAGACGCCGAAGGCGUACAGCGACUGAACGGAUUUGUCAACUACUUGGCCAAGUUUCUUCCCAGUCUAGCAGAUCACAUGGAGCCCAUACGUCGAUUGACGCGACAAGAUACCGAGUUCACCUGGACAGAGGAACAAGACAACGCACUUCGGGAGAUCAAGAGACUUGUGUCCACCGCCCCAGUACUCAGUUACUAUGAUCCAAAGAUCGAAUUAGAGAUCCAAUGCGACGCGAGCAAGAAAGGAUUAGGAGCAGCACUUUUACAGAAUGGUAAACCCAUCGCGUAUGCAAGCAGGACACUAACCGACACCGAGCAGAGAUAUGCCCAAAUCGAGAAGGAAAUGCUCGCGAUUGUCUUUUCCCUCGAGAAAUUCAACCAAUACACCUACGGGCGUCACGUGAAAAUCCAAAGCGAUCACAAACCACUAGAGUCCAUCUUAAAGAAGUCCCUCGCCUGUGCACCAAGACGCCUACAAGGAAUGAUGAUGAGACUUCAGAAAUACGACUAUGAGGUACGCUACGAACGCGGAAAGAACAUGCACCUAGCUGACACCCUUUCCAGAGCCUACCUGCCAAGCACGGCACACCCAACAGCGACCGAAUUUGAAAACAUCAACGCCGCCACUUUUCUCCCAAUAUCCACAACACGACUUAGGGAAAUACAGCAAGCUACCGAGGUCGACGAAAUAUUGAGACCCCUGAAGAACACGAUUCUACGAGGAUGGCCAGAAGAACGAAACCAAGUACCCACACAGGUCGCACCCUAUUUUCACGUGAGAGACGAGUUAUCAAUUCAAGACGGAGUUAUCUACCGCGGUCAGCGAAUUGUCAUUCCAACCAGUUUGCGGAAUGACAUCAAGCACAAGCUACAUGCUUCACACCAAGGGAUCGAAUCUUGCCUGCGAAGAGCACGUGAAACAGUAUUUUGGCCUGGAAUGUCCGCCGAAGUGAAAGAGCUUAUUGCGACUUGUGAAACUUGUCGGAAAUUCGAAACCAGUAACCCAAAAGAGCCACUGAUGCCUCAUGACGUACCAAGUAGACCAUGGGAGCAAGUAGGAGUUGACUUAUUCGAAUUGAACAAGAAAGACUUCAUGGUGACUGUAGAUUACUACAGCAAUUUCUGGGAAGUUGAUCGUCUCACUAGUACUACUUCCGCAGCCGUUAUCCUGAAACUAAAAAGCCAUUUCGCCAGGCAUGGAUGCCCAGACCGAAUGAUCAGCGACAAUGGGCCGCAGUUUGUUUCGUCAGAAUUCAAACAAUUCUCCAAAGAAUGGGAUUUCGAGCAGAGAACAAGCAGUCCAGGAAACAGCAAAGGCAAUGGAAAAGUCGAGUCCGCCGUCAAAACCGCAAAAAACCUGAUCCGCAAAGCCUUAGACGCAGGAACUGACCCAUAUCUCGCUAUCCUCGAUUACCGAAACACACCAACACAGGGGAUGGAAUCAAGCCCUGUACAGCGACUGAUGAAUAGGCGAACGCGAACUCUACUGCCAACAACCAAAGCCCUUUUGGAGCCGCGAACAACCCGCCCAGACCAAGAUAUCAAAGACUUGAGCAAGCGACAACAGCAACAGUCUAAGUAUUACAACCCCCACACCCGUGCUCUAACCCCACUUGAUAAAGGGGAUGUUGUACGAAUGAAACCCUUCCAGUUAGGAUCCAAGGUGUGGAAAAAAGCGACAGUUGCAUCGCGACUUGACGAACGAUCCUAUAUUGUUGAAACGGCAAACGGAGAGACAUACAGAAGAAACAGAUUCCACCUAAAGAAAAGCAAGGAGAACGCAGAGACUCCUGAACCAGAAGUUACGCCACGAAGCCCUGAACCUUCACCAUCAAACACUACUACCUCAACGAACGGCGCAGCACCUAUUCCUGAAAUCCCCGCUCCUGCAGCGCCACCAGCACGACCACAACGAACACGACGACCUCCUGUAUACCUGAAGGAUUAUAUCCAAAAAUAGACUCGAUCCUUAAGGAUCACAAACAUAAUUAGAUUUCAAGAUUUUGCUAUUUAAACAUUAAGAAGUAAUAGAUGAUUAUUGAUUCAACGGAUGAUUUAACUAUGAUUAUUUUCUGAUUCAUAAACAAUAGCACGGACCCUAUGAUAGAUUUAAUAUUUACAAACAUUUUAAUAAAAGGGGAAGGAUGUUACAAUAAUUAGCUCAUUACGUAUCAAAUAUCACUUGUAUUAAGUUUUAGUAAAGACAUAUCAAAAACUACUGUCUGUGAUUUCAUCCGAUAAAUAAAGACUAUUGAAACAAUUAGCAUUGAUGAAGAUCCCGGCUUACGGAUCGAAAGCUUUGCAGUAAUAAAUUUACGUGGUGUUUCCACAAACAAAACUAUUAUAUGUUUUAUCGCCAUGCAAUCGUACAAAGAACUUAUUGAUGGGUUGUUUAAUAAUUUAACCUAUCAAAAAUAUACUGAAUAGUGGAAUAUUCUGUGAUCACAGUGUAGCUAUGAAUUUGCAUGGGUAAAUUUUGUAAGUUGUGAAUGAUUUGUAAGACAUUUUUGAUGAAAAUGAAUCAUUGUUUAACACUGAGUCGGUUCCCUCAAAACCCACUGACAUGCUGGAUUGUAAAAAACUGACCUUAAAAUAAACUAGAUAGUUUAACCUACUGAUCUCAAAAUAGACAAGAUAACUGCAACCCAUUGAUUUGAGGGGGAAAAACACCAACGAAAAGUGCAACCCGCUGAUCUCAGAGAUAUACUGGAUUGUGUAAACCACAGAUCUCAAAAUAAACUGGACUGUGUAACCAUUAUUGAUGGUAGUUUAAUUUAACCUAUCAAAAGUAUACUGAAUAGUGGAAUAUUCUGUGAUCACAGUAUAGCUAUGAAUUUGCAUGGGUAAAUUUUGUAAGUUGUGAAUGAUUUGUAAGACAUUUUUGAUGAAAAUGAAUCAUUGUUUAACACUGAGUCGGUUCCCUCAAAACCCACUGACAUGCUGGAUUGUAAAAAACUGACCUUAAAAUAAACUAGAUAGUUUAACCUACUGAUCUCAAAAUAGACAAGAUAACUGCAACCAUUGAUUUGAAAAAAAAAACCAACGAAAAGUGUAACCCGUUGAUCUCAGAGAUAUACUGGAUUGUGUAAACCACAGAUCUCAAAAUAUACUGGACUGUGUAACCAUUAUUGAUGGUAUAGUUUAAUUUAACCUAUCAAAAAUAUACUGAAUAGUGGAAUAUUCUGUGAUCACAGUAUAGCUAUGAAUUUGCAUAGGUAAAUUUUAUAUUAAUUUGUGAAACAUUUUUGAUGAAAAUGACUCAUUGUUUAACACUUAGUCAGUUCCCUCAAACAUUUCUUACAAACCCUUGAAAACUUAGAAUUUACUUAUGCAAAAUCCCUACUGUGAUCACAGAAACUUUGAUAGUGUAAACUGGCAGCCUUUACACUGGCCACAUUCAAGUCUCACUGUACACAUAGGUGAUCAUGUAUACAGCCGGCCAAACAAAUUCACCGAUACAAACACAUGUGUCUUCAACGUCCGAUUUGAGAAUAAAGCAACCAUUUUACUCUGCGCGGCAAACAUGUGUAGGAAGCUAAACACACUAAGAAGUACAAAUUUAAAUCUAACUCACCAUGCAGAUUCAGCUAAUUUCUUGACGCUGGAACGAUAUACAAUCCUUGAGGCUUUGUUCGCUCUUUGAUGCGUUGGAAUUGAGAUUUGUUAUCCCAAAAUGUGAUAUUUACUGCUGAUUUACUUGCUGGUAAAAAGCUCUUAACCAUCUAUCAAGUAUAAACAAACGAUCAUGCCCAAACGGGUAAAUGAAAUCUUCGCAAAAUGCAUACUUAUAGCAAUGCGAAAGCUCAAAAUAUAAUUCAUAUACAGGGUACGUGUAUAAAAAGAACGCAACCUCGGAAUUUCUUAAGAAAUUACUUUGCAAUUCUUAGCAUAAAAGAUUUUAGGCCCCUGGGAAUUGAAAUACAGGGUGUCCCAAAAAAACCCGAAAACUAUUGAAAUCACCAAUAACAAUUUAAUUGUUAGAAUUUGAAUGCCUUAGCGCUCUGUUGGUUCCCACGAGUGCAUAAAUGAUUAACAUAAGUAAAUUUUAUGCAUAAAGAAACUGUUUAAGAAGCUGUUUCUAAUUCCCAGGAGCAGAAAAUCGCGCACUUUACCAGGAGAUAUUCCUAACUAAAUUCUAAUACAUGCACCUUGUCAAUAUUUUACGCAUCAUUACGUCCAGCUGUUUGGUAGGGCAUUCAAAUUUAACAAUAAGUGAUUUCAAUAGUUUUCGUUUUUUUUGGGACACCCUGUAGAAUUGCUAAUAUAUCAUAUUACUGUUGUUGUGCAUUAAAUAAAUGCAUAAAUUUUGCUUUAUAUGCAUUCGCGUGUGCGGUGAUUUUGACAGUUGUGCUAUUUUAAAUUCCCAGGCGCCUAAAAUCUUUUGUCUUUAAAAUAAUGCCGAUUUCUUGGGCAAUUCCGAGGUUGCGCUUUUUUAUACACCCUGUAUAAACGAGUUGCAAUAAUUUGCCUGCAAAACAGCUAUGCUCAUGGUAAAGCUCAUGGUAAAGCCUGUACGAUGCGUCACAAUAAGAUUGAAGUGUGAAACAAGCUUUAGACUACUAUGUAGAGUUUGCAUCGCAAUAAACAUAUUAUAAUUUUGCCAUUUCUGUGCAUAUAUUAUAAUUAUACAUUUCUUGGCAAUAUUAUACAUUUGCCAUUUCUAGGCAAUAUUAUACAUUUGCCAUUUCUAGGCAAAAUUAUCGAACGAAAGCUUUACUUUUUCGCCAAUCACCUUUUUCCAUUAAACAAAACAAAACUACUUUACUAAUUAUAGCCAAUUAUUAAUUAUAAUGUUGCUAAUUAUUAGUUUGGUACAAUUGAAAAAUAUAACUGAUCUUGGUUGAAAGGAUGGAAAGCUUAACCAUUUGAAUAAUGGAUAUUUUUCUAUAAAAAAACGAAACAAGUUAAUAGCGUGUAUAUUCACUGCACUUUUACUAUUACCUUCAGUGGCUCUUCUGGCUUUUUGGUGUUCGUGAUUUCCUACCUUCGACAUUCAUAACUCGCUCACUUGGUCGUUAUGUCUGCGAAGAUGAUUUGGGAAGUAUAUGGUGUUCAAAUAUCAUGUUCUUGAUGUGUGGUUAUGAUAAAGCACAGCUGAAUGAGGUAAUAUUACUGUUUAUUUGUUUACCAAAAUUUCACACCAUUUCCUACCAAUCUGUAUAGCAAACAUCAAUGGCCCUUAAUUAAUGUAUCUCUUAGAGAAGAGUUGAAUGAUAGAACUAUCCAAAAUAAAGUAGUGCUUUUCCUCCUGUAGGACAUUACUGAAUCACUUAACCUAAGGAGAUCAGUUUAGAGCUGAUAGAGAUAUCCAGUAUAAAUAAAGUUAGUUUAGUUUAGGUUUCCUCCUGUAGUAACACUGGAUCAAUAAGAGAUGAUUCUUAUUGGACCUCUAGGAAGAAAAGUCUAGAACUGAUAGAGCUAUCCAGUAUAAAUAAAGUUAGUUUAGUGUAGAUCCUUCCUAAUUUAAAGCAGGAUAAGUAAGGAAUGGCCUCUUUUUUCAUUAUCUAUGGACAUCAGAACAUAAGUGAUAGAGUAAUCCAGCUCCAGUGGAAAUAAUUUUACUUCGGACGUCACACAAACAACAAGGAUUUGUUUAUCUUAUUGUGCUAUCGCAAUUUUCUAGACACGUUUGCCGGUGUACGUGGCGCACACACCUGCUGGAACAUCGGUCAAAGACGUGGUGCAUUUUGCUCAGGUAAAAACGAUGUAGUCAUGAAAACAAGCAUUUUGGGUACAAAGUAGCUGAAGACUGACGAUUUAAGAGCUGUUCCAAUAUAUUUAUGUUAUUUAUCACAUCUGAAAUUUUUCUUUCAUUUGUAAGAAUAACAUGUUAUACUCAAAUGUCAGAAUAUUGAAUCUCUUGUAUGAAAUGUGUAUAGAGCGUUUGCACUCAUUCCCCAGGGAACAACUCAACAAAAGCCAUGGCGGCCAUGUUGGUGUUCCAGACAAAAAAGUCUAAUUAAAAUUAUGUUAUAUUGCAACACCAACAUGGCGGCUGUGACGUCAUGUGCAAACGCUUCUCUGACCAUAGCCCGUGAAAAACAAACUUGAAAUCUAUUCCAUUUAAGGUGGUCCUAUGUUGAAAACAAUGUUAGUCGUGACGUAAUUACCGGAAAGGUCUAUUGAGAGAGAAACAGCUGCCUGAAAAAUACAAGCAAAACAUCGACGUUUCGAGGGAGGGCCCUUUGUUGGGAAGUUCUUGUAUUUUCCAGGUAGUUGUAUCUCUCUUAGUCUCCCUCGCAGCCUGUUCGCGGGUAUUCUCUCAGUCGCUGAUCUGAAAUAAGACUGCAUAAAGCAUCCUAUAGAAUUCAGUAAUCCAAUUUUGAAGCCAGAAUAUUUUAAUGAGAUGAGAUUUAUAAAUCAGUCAAAUUCAUGAGCAGUCUAAUCGUUUGCUGUUUAAGUUCAGUUAGACUUAUAAAGCAAAUAUCUUCGCCUAUGUGACUUGUGAAAUAUAGCUUCCAAAACCUCUUCGAAGUAGUUUUAGAACGUUUUAUACACCACCUAAUGAGGCUGAUGGCCGCCAUAUUUGAUGGCGGCAUUAGUUAUUCACCGGGUAAUUUAGGAAAAAAGAGAGGCUAUUGAUGAUAAAUUCUUAUCUAGGCAAUAUUUGUCCUUUCCCAUCAAUGACUAGAAACUUAAAGGAAGAGUUAAAACAUGUCCAGAACACCAGAUUAGAUUAAUGGUGGGGCCAUUCGGGUAUGACCGCCAUUGGCUUCACUUAUGCAUAGCAGAUGCGCCAUCCAGUCUUAUUUCAGAUCAGUGCUCUCAGUGCGCAGCUGUCUUAUUAUCGUCACUAUCGGCACAGACCGAUGGAGAGCAUGUAAAAUGUAAAAUGUAAAAUGUUCAGACUUAAUCUCAUGGAUUUCUUCUGCUUUCUCAAGAUGUACAGAUCUGCAAAGUUCCAGAUGUACGACUACGGAUGGAGAUACAAAAAUCGCAUUCAUUAUGGUCAGGUUAGGACUAAGGACUUCAAUAGUUCAAAAAAUAUCAAAAUUGAAAUAAAACGAAAAAAAGAGAACAUUUAACAACAAUAAAGGCUGUAAUAAGUUUUGAUUUGAUUUACUGAUUUGAUUUAAUAACUUUGUUGCAUUAAAAAAAAAUUACAUAAAUGCAUCUAUACAAGACUAAAUACAAAUAAGUAGGUAUUUAUUUAAAGCAACUGGUAGUCAAACAGGGCAUUGCCCCAAUUGAACAUGACUACCAAUAAGUUCCCUACAUUGUGAAAUAUAUACCAGUUCGGAUUCAUAGGUUGACAGCUUUGCUAAAUAAAUACACGUGAGGUUUCCACAAAACAAAACCAUUAUAAACGCUGUAGCUGUGACUGGCAAUUUUUGCUUCAGUUUGCAACGCAUCAAUUUAUAUGGAUGCGAGUCUACUCCCCCAAAAAAGUCACGUUUGAAAAUUUGAGACAUUUAAAGUUUCUAAUUAAGAAUAAAGUAUUAAAUGAAAGAAAAUUAAUUAAUUAAUUAAUUUAAAGUGGGGUCAUGCAAGUUUUUAUCUUGAUAGCAAGCGAUCAAUAUGAAUACCCGAAACUCGUUUUUGGUUGCUAUUUCAAAUUAUUUCGAAUUGAAUAAAAACAUUGUAAACAACUUAACUGAUUGUUACUCAGUAACUUAGAAGUAAUUUUAUAAGGCUAACCCCACUCCUGACGUCAUCAAAGUGAUAGUCGUUAAUUAGGUUAAGAAUUAAUCCAAGAUGGCGGACAGCUCACUGCUUUCAGUCAAAAUAUUUCAAGCGUUAAGUACUAGUUAAAACAUGAGCAGCCGAUCUUUAUCUGAAAUACAAACUCAUGUCGAAGGCGAGAGCUUGCAUAUCAGAUAAAGAUCGCAUGCGAAAGUUUUAUCGUGCUUAAAAACGACCCAUCUUAUGAGUUCAUUCGCGAAGUAAUUUUAAAAAUAAACAUUGUCUAAGCCGAGAAAAUCAAAAGCUGAAGGUUAUGUAAAUCAGGACAAAUCUUCAUGCGAUUUACAAACAUUGAUUAAACAUUCAUUUCUUUUGAAUUUUCUUCAUGAAUUAUUAGUGAGUUUUAUAAGUUUGAUAUGAUGAAUCUGCAUGUAACAAGACGUUCUUUCAAAUAAGGCAAUAAUUUUUUUGUUACCAUUAUCCUUUACACUGGAAAUAUUUUUCAAAAUCCAUAUUAUGAAAAUAGUAUGGAUCUUCGUUGGAAAUAGUAUAGAAAUAAAUUUUUCAUACUAAUUGCAAUUUUCAUACUGUGGAUAUGGUAUGGAAAUAGCAUGGAUAUACUAUGGAUUUAGUGAUUCAAUCACAAAUUCCAUACUACGAGUUUCAUAAUUUUUUUCCCAAUGUUAAGUCUAUUUUAUAUCUUCAAUAUUUCAGUCUACUCCCAAACAAUAUGACGUCACAAAGAUCCGGGUACCUGUGGCAUUGUUCUCCGCUGACAACGACUGGUUGGCGACGCCUAAAGAUGUUUCCUUGCUAGUACCCAAACUCCAGACCUUGGUUUUCCGUAAAAGUCUCAAAUCAUGGGAUCACCUGGACUUCAUCUGGGGAAUGGACGCAUCGACUUUGAUUUAUGAGGACAUCGAUCGUUUGUUGAAAAAGUUUAAACGUCGAGCAAAAAUUCUAGGAGUUUAA